AUGCAGUCAGACACCUUGGAACAGGUCGUGGCCCCAGCUUUUGCGGAGGUUCCGCCACCACCUGCGCCGGUUCCAGAGGCAGCGCCAGAGCCGCCGGCUGCAGUUCCAGAGGCCGUGCUGGUCGCACCGUCCAAGGCUACGUUUCCAAAGCCGCCUCCGCCAAAGAAGGCGGCCAGCUUUUAUGUCCCCCCGCCAGUGCCGCCGCCAAAGGCUCCGCCCGUGCCACCAAAGCAGGUGGCGUCGGCGGAGAUGCUGCGACCUCCGCCCAGAAAGGAGGCUGUGGCACCUCCCAAGGCGGCAUCUUCCUGCUCUGUGUGGGGCGACCUGGACGACUUGCGUCCCGUAAGAGGAAACGCAGAUCAGCAAUUCCCUGACAUCUCCUCCGGCCCACAGUCGAAGAAGGAGAAGCAGAAGACUGCGGCCAAAAACCUCGUGGAGCCUGUUGCCAAGCAUCCAGUCCAGGCCGCGCACAAGUUUGGACAUGCGCAGAGGGCCGCACCAACUUUCGCCCUGCAGGACCUGAUGAAGCCAUCGAAGAAGGGCCGAUCGGCCAAGAUUUUCUCGGGGAAGGCUGCUCUUCCGCAGCAGACUGGAGCAUUCGUUGAAGAAGGCGCAGGCGACCCCGAGCUUGAUGCCGAGCCCGCCGAGCCCGUGCAGAAGCCACCGUCUCCUAAGUUGACACCGAACGGGAUCCUCCAGCGUGCCCCGCGCGAGAAGCGCGACGAUGGCAGCCGGCGUGUACGAGAUCCCAAGGGAGAGGACACAGAGGACGUUGAAGUGACAAUCCAGACGCAGAUGAAGAUCGAUCCUCAGAAGCCGCUGCGCAUCCUUCAGAAGUCGGCAGAAGAAAAGGCCAAGGAGCAGGAGGCUCAUGCACCCCGAGUGGAGCCGCGGACAGAGGCUUCCAGCAAGGGUGCAAGCAAAGGCGAAGGCAAACAAGGCAAAGGCUCCGGCAAGUCUAAGGACAAGGGCAAAAGCAAGGGCAAGGGGCGUGGUCCUCGCGUUUACGGCGAGGACUCUGAUGCCGAGUGGAGCGUCGCCUCGUCGCAUUCCUCAGAGGAGAAGGAGAGCCCGGUGAACGAGAGCUCCCCGGUCGUCGUCUCCUCCGAGGAUGAGGACUCCUGGGCUGCGAAGCCGGCGCACCAGGAGAAAGGCCAUGGCAAGGAAGCCAAGGGCAAGGGCAAAGGCAAAGCCAAGGGCAAGGACAAGAAAGGCGGAAAGAAAGGAUGGAUUGUCAAGACAAAGUCCAACGAUUCUGACGAGGAUGAUGAGGAGGAGCAUGAGACGCCUGCUGCACAUGAGACACCAGCGCCAGCGCUGCCCGAGACGGGCAAGCAACAAUUCGAGAAGAGACAGAGGAACCUCAAGAGUGUCCUUGAGUCUCGAGCUGCCACGCGAGCAGAGGCUGAGCGACAGAGAAAGAUGCUGCGCGAGAAGGCAGCCGGCGCAGAGGUGCAGCCGGUGAAGGUGGAGGAAAAUUCUCCAACGUCACCGGUGGACACCGAGCAAAAGCAGGAGGACGAGGAGGAGCCGCCUGUCGUCCCACAGUCUAGCAUCCUUAGUGAGGAGGCUAUGGGCCGAUUGAAUCCCGUCGCAGACACGGGCCUUGCUUUGGGCGUUGGCAUGGUCUGCGUGCAGGGUGAGGAGAAGCAGGUCGAUUCCGACGAGCUCCUGGAUUUUGAAACAGUGAAGAACAAGACCGAAAAGAAGGCCGAGAUGCGAGAGCAGCGUCGGGUUCAGGAGGAGCAAGCCACACGAGCUGCUAUCCGACGUGAAGCCCAGCGCCAGCGAGACAUGCGUGCCAAGGAAGCGCAGGAAGCUAAGGCUAGCCAAAUGGCUCAGACAGCGGAAGCUCGACAGGCACCACGCCAGCAGACGAUCAAGCUUGCCGAUCUCAGGCGCAAUGUGGGCAAGGAGCGGAUGGAAUCGGAAUCGGCAGAAGCUGCCCAAGAAGAGCUGGCGGCUCACGUCGAGGUGCGAGUCGCAGAGCCUCCCUCCAGCUCUCUCAUUCCUAGGGCCCGGGGCAGCGCGUUGCGUCGGGCGAUGCUCUCCGACCUGAGGCUGCUUCUGCACGUUUGCAUCGGCUUGCACUGCAACCGCUAA